AAAUAAAUUGUUAUGAUGACUUCAUUUACAAACUCCGUUUCGAAGUACCGAACUGGACGAUGACGCCAGCUGAAUCUAGGAGGCAGUGUUAGCCGCGGCGCGGAGGCGAAGCCCCGAGCACCGAGGGGAGCCCUGCCGGCCGCGCGCCCCACGCUCUCCACCCGCUAAGGCCAUCGGGGGGGCGGGGGCUCCCCAGCGUUCCCGGCCUGCCGCCCAGCCCGCAGGCCCCCUCUUGCUCCGCGCGCCAGCUCUCGCCCGCCGCCGAGCCCAGGUCCCCGCGCGGCGAGCCCAGCCCGGGCAGCGGCGCAGCGUGGGGGGGCGGAGGGCGGGGCGCGGCAGCGGCCAGGCCCGGGGGCCCGCGAGGCGCUGAGGGCGCGGGGGGCAGGCGGGCGCGGGGCCUGAGUGUCCGGCGGAGGGGGCGGCGCCCCCGGCGUCUCCGUGACUGCGCCUCGGCGCCCCGGCUCGGCGGCUCGCGGGAUGCGCGGCGGCGGCGGCGGCGGCGGCGGCGAUGGCGAUGAUGCCUCGAGCCCGGCCUCGUCCCGGGCGGCGGGCGGAGCUGGGGUCCGGGCGGCGAGAUGGAGGAGGGGGGCGGCGCUGCGGCCACCGGGCAGAACUUUUAUAAGAAAAGUACAGAAAAGCUGGUCUCCCUUGCCAGUGGAGAACUUCAUCAUAUUGUCGGGCUCUUCACUGUCGGACCAUUGAGAAUAAAGAAGAGGCCAUCUUCUUCCUUCAUAAAGAAUAUCCAUUAGGUAUAUGGACCUCCCCAGGAUUGAAAUUUGUCCAGUACUCACUGGCGUAGCCAUACCUGCUACUGAAUGCAGAGAGACUUCUGGUCGAGUGGUUCAGACCUGCUGCUCAGAGCCCCUAGUAAUCCCCCCCCAUGGACCUGGCUCCCCUUCCUCUCUGCCCCAUGAUCCAGCAACUGAAGGGUUAACCCCUGACGCAGCUGGAGGCCUCUGGGACCCAUUUGGAGCUGGUGGUUAAAUAUUUGGAACAGUACCCCUGGACCGCCCCAGUGCCAUUGCUUAUUCCUAAAAUGCUGGAUUCAAGCAAUACCUUUGCGUUGUCAAGAGCAUUGCACCAGUCUCUAAGGAACAACUUCAGCUCUCCCACUGGAAGCUUCUUUCAGAGCAGAGUGGGCAUCCGGCCACACGGGCCUUUGGGAUUUGGAACAACCCAAGAUGUGUGAGUGAACUUUAAAUCUCAUUGAAAAAAAAAAAAAGUUUAAGAGAAUAAAAAGCAAGAAGAAAAAGAAGUUAUUCUUUUAAAGCGGAGGCUAGGUCUCACUCCUCUGUCUGCCCACAGGACAUAGCAUAGGGCUGGCACAGAGUGUGCACAUGAUAAAUGUAAACUGAGCCAGUGGAUGCAUGGGUGGGGGUGUUCCUCCUGCUUCAGGGUGAGGAUAUUGCUGUUGGAAUGAUAAUAACUUACCUUUGUACAGCAGCUGAGAGUCACAGGUGCUUUGCACCUCGUGAAUCUCAGAUAUAAUUGACACCCAUCAAUGCUUUCAGUUUGUCCUCUCAAAUGUAGUCCACAAAGUGUUUUCCAAAGGAAGAUAGGGAGUUGGCCAAGAAAUUACCAGCAGGGAGAAGAAAUUAUAAAUAAUGGAAAACAAAGGCUUGUUCCUGGGGAAAGAAAUAGGAUUUGUUAGUGAUCUGUGGGGGCCACAGUAUACUUCAGCAAUACCCUCCGGCUUGUAACUCAAGCACGUGCUGUAAGACCUACUCUCGUCCUCCGGCCUGUCUUCCUCCCAGUCCCUGCCCUGCCCCUCCCCCCACAGCGAGCUCCUCGUCACCGCCACGUCCUUCAGCCUCCACCCCAGGGUGGAUUAGGUUCCGCCCCUCUUACUUCCAGUGUACCCUGCUAUCAUGUGAUUUACCACAUUAGGCUAUAAGUAGGGUGUGAUCUCUUUGGUGGAAGUUAUGUUCUUGGAUCUCCCGUGUGAGGCAUUGGGAGUAUUUCUAAAAAUAACAUUUGUAUCCCCUUCCAUCAGAAAAAGGGUGGGGCCCAGGAAUCUGCUUUUUUUUUUAACCCACACUCCAGGUGAUGCUUAAAGGAUUUUGCAAACCGCUAUGCCAGGAAACAUGAAAUUAGCUGGAAGAAUGUACUUUGAGGUGUUUGUGUCUUUUCGGUGUUGGGCCUCGUAAGGAGAAAUGCUUUCUAUGUGUCGGGUCAGAGCUAAAAUCCAGUCCUUUUGUACAAAAUCCUGAGAUCACUCUGCUUUCUACAUUAAUUCUGUUUCUGGGUGUGCAUUUCUGUGUGCAGGCUUCUCUGCCUCGGGCCUCUUGUGUCACAUGUGGCACAGCUGUGAGUCGAGGCCCUGACCCCCUUCCCCCAGAAGGAAGAGCCCUUCCUGUCUGAAGAUGAACUCCACCGAGCCCCUUGAGGAUGCUCCCAACGGCACGUUGCUGAGCGCGCCUCGCUCCCAGGGAGGAAACGGCACCGCCGUCCCGGGGGACCUCCAGCACCUCAUGCACACGGCCACUCUGGUCACCUGUACUUUCCUGCUGGCGGUCAUCUUCUGCCUGGGCUCUUACGGCAACUUCAUUGUCUUCUUGUCCUUCUUUGAUCCAGCCUUCCGCAAGUUCAGAACCAACUUUGAUUUCAUGAUCCUCAACCUGUCCUUCUGUGACCUCUUCAUCUGUGGAGUGACCGCCCCCAUGUUCACCUUCGUGCUCUUCUUCAGCCCCGCCAGAAGCAUCCCAGAUGCUUUCUGCUUCACCUUCCACGUCACCGGUUCGGGCUUCAUCAUCAUGUCCCUCAAGACCGUGGCGGUGAUCGCCCUGCACCGGCUCCGCAUGGUGCUGGGGAAGCAGCCCAAUCGCACCGCCUCCUUUCCCUGCACCGCGCUUCUCACUCUGCUCCUCUGGGCCACCAGUUUCACUCUGGCCACGCUGGGCACGCUGAAAACCAGCAAGUCCCACCUCUGCCUUCCCAUGUCCAGUCUGACGGCCGCGGAAGGGAAAGCCAUCGUGUCUCUGUACGUGGUGGACUUCACCUUCUGCGUGGCCGUGGUGUCGGUCUCCUACAUCAUGAUUGCGCAGACGCUGCGGAAGAACGCUCGAGUCAGGAAGUGCCCCCCCGUGGUCACCGCGGAUGCUUCCAGACCGCAGCCUUUCAUGGGGGCCCCCGGCAAGGGAGGGGGAGAUCCCGUGCGGCGUACCGUGCCGGCUCUCUACAGGAACCAGAAUUACAACAAGCUGCCGCGCAGUCAGACCCACGGAUGCGCCAAGAGUCUUAACCAGGUGCCGCCCCCGGCGGCCAGCCGGCUCCAGCUCGUGUCGGCUGUCAAUCUGUCCACGGCCAAGGACUCCAAGGCGGUGGUCACCUGCGUGAUUAUCGUGCUGUCCGUCCUGGUGUGCUGUCUCCCCCUGGGGAUUUCCUUGGUGCAGGUGGUCCUGUCCAGCAACGGGAGCUUCAUCCUCUACCAGUUUGAACUGUUUGGAUUUACCCUUAUAUUUUUCAAGUCAGGGUUAAACCCUUUUAUAUAUUCUCGGAACAGCGCGGGGCUGAGAAGGAGAGUACUCUGGUGCCUCCAGUACGUCGGCCUGGGCUUUUUCUGCUGCAAACAGAAGACUCGACUUCGAGCCAUGGGAAAAGGGAACCUGGAGGUCAACAGAAACAAGUCGUCCCAUCAUGAAACAAACUCCGCCUACAUGCUGUCUCCAAAGCCCCAGAAGAAAUUUGUGGACCGGGCUUGUGGCCCAAGUCACUCGAGGGAAAGUGUGGUCAGUCCCAAGAUCUCUGCUGGGCACCAGCCCUAUGGUCAGAGCAGCUCAACCCCCAUCAACACCCGCAUCGAACCGUACUAUAGCAUUUAUUACAGCAGCCCCUCCCAGGAAGAGAGCAUGCCGCCGAACUUACCGCCAGUAAACUCUUUGGGAUUUGCCAAUUCCUAUAUUGCCAUGCAUUAUCACACCACUAAUGAUUUAAUGCACGAAUACGACAGCACACCGGCCAAGCAGAUCCCAGUGCCCUCCGUGUAGUGUCCUGGAGGCUGGAGGCUCUUGGGCAAACUGUUGGUGUUUCGGAUACUAACUGAUUUCUUAUUCACUUUUGUGAGACCAGCGGUAGAUGGAAACGUCAAGAUUCAGCAGAACAGUUGGCAGUUAUGAUCGUCUUCUGUCUCAAGUAUUGGCAUCUACUGAUUUGUUUUGUGGUUUCCUGACAUUUUAAGAUUUGAUGUAAAAAUUUAUAAUUUAGCUUUUUACCCUGACCUGUGCUCCGAUCUUUGGUACUAAACUUUUAAAUAGAUGCCAGGAAUGAUCAUGCUAGUGUAUUCAAGGAGAAUGAACUGAUUGUGACCAUUUGAGUCCGUGUUCGGGGUCUCUGAAGUACACCUGAGCUGGAUUUUUUGAACAAUGUGAAGGGAUGAUCUUCACUGAGGUGAAAUUUUUUAUUAAUUGAACUAUAAAUUUUGAUUCUUUGAAGUGUUCAAAUGGGGAACAAUACACUUUUUUUGGUAGCAGGCUUAUCUGAAUAAAUAAUAUAUUGUCAAGGCAGAAAAUCAGAAAUAUAUUCUUGGUAAUUACUUACACAGGACACACACAGGCUUUAGGUACUUUGCUUUCCUAAGACAGUCCACCAAGUAGUAUGAUUACUACCAUUUCUUAUGAUAGACACUAUUACUUUGUGGGAAUUGACUAGCUGUAUAGUGGUUUUUUUUUUUUUAAAGAAGUAUGUUUUUGCGGGGCGCCUGGGUGGCUCAGUCGGUUAAGCGACUGCCUUCGGCUCAGGUCAUGAUCCUGGAGUCCCGGGAUCGAGUCCCGCAUCGGGCUCCGUGCUCAGCGGGGAGUCUGCUUCUCCCUCUGACCCUCCCCCCUCUCAUGUGCUCUCUCUCAUUCUCGCUCUCUCAAAUAAAUAAAUAAAUCUUUAAAAAAAAAAAAAAGAAGUAUGUUUUUGCUUACUAAAAAUGAAUUAUUCUAUUUUGGAAUGAGCUUACCCAAGAAGCCUAGUGAAGAGGACUGCACUUGUAGUAGAGGAAUGUGAUUUCUGGGAGCAGAGGCACUAACUGGGGUCCUCUGAGCCAGGGUAUGGAGAUGUGGGGAGCAAUCUGGACUGCUGUUGUGUGUUAGAUGAUCUUCAUUAUUGCUUAAGAAGGUGUGAGAAUGAGAUCAGGAGUAUUCUGAUUUACACGCUCCUUCUGUGUGAAGAUGGUUUGCUAACAAGUUGACGAAGAGUAUCCAAGUAACUAUAUAAAAAUAUUUUUUUGUCUUUGUUUAAAUAUCAGUGCGGUAGAAAAAUCCUUAAGAUUAUCUGUUUGCAAACUAAUUGUGUUAUUUCUCUCCCAUUAAUCUUGGCAAUGGGCAAUAAAGAAAACUAGAUUAAGUGUUUCUA